GGCAGAUCCGACGCGGGCCCGGCUGAGGUGCGGAUGCUGGGAGAGCGGCGUCACCGGUCACGGAGUGCGGCGGCCAGCGAUGAAGCCGCCCAUUUCAAUACAAGCAAGUGAGUUUGAUUCUUCAGAUGAAGAACCUAUUGAAGAUGAACAGACUCCAAUUCAGAUUUCAUGGCUACCUCUGUCCCGAGUGAAUUGUUCUCAGUUUCUUGGUUUGUGUGCUCUUCCAGGUUGUAAGUUUAAAGAUGUUAGAAGAAACAGUCAAAAAGAUACAGAGGAACUAAAGAGCUACGGGAUCCAAGACAUAUUUGUUUUCUGCACCAGAGGGGAGCUGUCAAAAUAUAGAGUCCCAAACCUUCUGGACCUCUACCAACAAUCUGGAAUUGUCACUCAUCAUCACCCAAUCCCAGACGGAGGGACUCCCGACAUAGGCAGCUGCUGGGAAAUCAUGGAGGAGCUGGCCAUCUGCCUCAAAAACAACCGGAAAACCUUGAUACACUGUUAUGGAGGACUUGGAAGAUCUUGUCUUGUAGCCGCUUGUCUCCUCCUAUACCUGUCUGACACAUUAUCACCACAGCAAGCCAUAGACAGCCUGCGAGACGUCAGAGGAUCUGGGGCGAUACAGACCAUCAAGCAAUAUAAUUAUCUUCAUGAGUUCCGGGACAAAUUAGCUACGUAUCUAUCAUCAAAAGAUUCACUAUCAAGAUCUGUGUCAAGAUAACGAAGAUUUCAAAUAUACGAGCAUGUCUGAAAUUUCAGUUCUCUAGCAUAACUUAAUCUAGUGUUAUCACCGUGGAUGUAAAUGUGUGUUUACUCCUAAAGCUUUUAUUGACAAAAUUCAUUGUGUCUCUUUUAUAUCAGAGCAGAGGGACAACAAAGUUGGUACCCAGUUGUCCUAGAAAUGCACUGGCUGCUCUAUCUUACCUAGCUAGAGAUAUUGGGAAAGGAGUAUGGAAAAAUACUUGAUACCAUCAUUUACCACACUUCAGCCUCAUUUUACUACUGGUAAUCACUAGCUGGCGUAUGAUAUGGUAAUAAGUACAAAGAUUUCUAUGAGCACCCACACUUGUUUUAUUAGCAUGGGGGGGCGCAUGUAGGCCACAGCAGGGGUGUGGAGAUGAGGACAAUGUGUAGGUGUGGGUUCUUGCCCUCCACGCGUGGGUCCCCAGAUCAAACUCAAGACAGUGCUUGGCAGGAAGUACCUUUACUCACCAAGUCAUCUCAUCACUUCCCCAUACUUCUUUCACCAGCUCUACCUUCUGAAAUUCUUCCACUGUUUUUUCUAUUGCAUAUUUAUAGAACUGUAAGGGACCCUUUAAGCUUUAGACUACACUCCCUCCCAACACUGCAUUGGCCCCAAUAGGUAGUUAAUUCAGCAUCUGGGACUUUUUCAAAGAUGAGUCCACUGGUUCAGACAUCUGUUUUUACAGCAUUCAUCCUUUUCCACCCCUAAAACACAAUGGAUUUAAUCUUUCACAUUAAUUUUACAAAGUACUUAGCUACAUUAUUAAAUAUCUCGGUUCUCCAACUCCUUCACCUCACCCUGGGCUAGUCAAACUUUUGUCUUUAAAUUCAACUUUGAGCUACUCUGAGUAGUCCUUGGCUGGGAACAAGGACCACCAGUCAGAGCCACCUGUUUUAUCUGCAGGGUCAGGACACAUGCAGUAGUCUCCUGGCUCCUAGUUACUAGUCAUCGCAUAAGUGAACCAGGACACCUGGCCACUGCCAGCAAACUACCAACUCGGAGGCACUUCCACAAAUGAGUUUCACCACCUCCAAACUCAGUGUAAUCAUAUAACUGAAAGUCUUGUCUCGAUGCUGGUGCAUCACUAGAAAUUCACAUAUUACUCCAAUUAUGAGUGGUAGUUGGGGACUUGAGAUCAGCGUACCAGCACGUUCCACAAUACAAAAGUGAUAUUCUAGCACUUUUUACAUCAUCUAGAAUUUACCAUUCUAUGAGAAGACUAAGGAUAGGAGAAUCACAUAUCACUAGUAUUUAAAUAUUUAACCAAAGGAUUUUUUUUAACUCAAUAAUCCCUAAAGUUCUAUCUAGAGUUAAUUUUUAAGUACAGAUUGCAAUUUUGCAGUUAUAGAUGGGCCUUCAUGACUUUGGUAUUACAACCAAAUAAUUUUAAAAUCACAGUACACAGUUUUAAAGUAACUGAAACUGACAUUAGCAAAUCUUUCUGCGUGUGCAACUGCCUGUGUGUGGUUGUGUGUGGAGGCCACAGGUCAACCUCACGUGUCAACCUCACAUGUCAUUCCUCAGAAGCUGUCCACCAUGCUUUUUGAUAUAGGGUCUCUCAUUAGCUUGGAGCGUGCCAUGUCGGAUAGACUGGCUGGUCAAUGAGCCUCUGGGAUCCUCCUCUCUGCAUAUCCCCAGUGCUGGGAUCACAAGUGCACACCCAACUUUUUUUACACAGGUUCUCAUGCUUGCACAGCAAGCAUUUUUACCAAAUAAGCCAUCUCCUGAGCCCCAGACACUGGUAAAUCUUACAUUUGCUUCCUCCCAAUAUAAAGCUUAAAAAAAUGGAGAAAAUUAUUUAAUAACUAAAUCCUUUAAUAAUUGAAUUUGCAAAGCAUGUACCUCUCAAUUUCCAUUUUAAGUAUCCACUAAGCUUCUACAUUCAAAAAUGUUUGAGUAAAUUAUUUAAAUAUCAGGUACAUAGGAAAACAUUAGUUCUUCAAUAAACAGAAACAUGGAGUAUCAGUACUGAAAUAUACUCUGCCAGUUAAGCUUAACAGCAUGUAAUGCCAAUGUCCUAGGGAAAGUUAUUUUCUCUGCUCAAACUUGUGAUUUCUCCAAAAACUGGGGGCAGAGGUGGCAGAUACACAAUACAGAGUCAGGUUGAACCCAUAAACUACACAAGGAGUCUUUGAGAGUUUUUAUUAAAUAUACAAAGGCAGAAUAAGCAAGCUCUAAGGAGUACUGUAGGGCUAUUUAAGGGCAUUUUCUUUGGACAAUGGUACAGCACCAUCAAGCUUAAGAUUUUAACAAACCAUAAACGGCUAACUACAUUUCAUUUUCUUAAUAGUUUUAGGAUCUACUUAGUCAUCAAUCCAUUUAAGAAAUUUGCCUUCUCUAAAAUACAUCAUAACCAAAUUUAAGUAUUUAGAAGAAGCAUUGUACAAUUAAAUUUGCCUUCUCCAAAAUACAUAAGAUAACCAAACAAAUUUAAGUAUUUAGAAGCAUUGUGCAAUUAAAAUUAACAUAUAUGAGACAAUCCAGGAGCCUGCCAGGAUGCUCAAAUCUCCCACAAUACAGAUUAAGAAAAUGAAUGCAGAGCAAAACCUUCACUCUAACCCCACAGAGCCAUGGCCUUUUGCGGUUAAUACUGCUUUCCAAAGAAAACCAAGCAAGUAGCACUUGUGUGUGCAUUCCUUUCAGAACUUAGCUCGAGAACUCUGAAUCUUAAAGUGAACUGCUCUAAGAAAGCUGGUAGAUAUAUCCAGAAUCACUGUGAAGUGUUCAUUCUCCUAAGCUACACCAUUAAUAUCAAAUGCUUUUUAACUGCUGGUGUGACUGCAAAUCAAAUGGUUUGAGUAAAAGAGCCUGAAAUUAUUUGAGACAAACAUUAUUACUCCUUUCUGAGAAGGAUGAACAUGUAUGAACAAGGCUAAAUAAUAAGGUGAUCAAUAUUUUUCUUUACCCUCUAAAUUACUGUUUUAGAGUAUUUUUCUGAUACACAUUUCUAAUUUGAAAUUAAACAAUACAACUGAUUAUCAAGCUGUACAUUUGUGGACGUUACAUGACAAAUAACUGGAUAUAUACACUUUAAUAUAGAUCAUCACCUAAAUGAGCUGGAUAAAGUGCUAUGUUCACACCUAAAAAUGAAAGCUCCCCCCUGCAGGGAGAGAGAUACACAUAAAUCAUUAGUUCUCUGGUAAUAAUAUUCUAGAACACUAUAAAUAGAAAAGUAUACAAAGUAAAGCAUUUUGCUAAAAGCACAUACAAACUUUUAUUUCCUUUCUAUACAAUUAGAUAGAUCUUCAAAAUGUGUAGAGCUGGAAGCAGAGAAGAGCGCUGUGCUAGCUUAGCCUGAGUGGUCUUAAAGCAGCAAACACUACCCAGGCUUUCGAGGAGAUGCUGCAAAGUGACCUGUCCUUUGUUUCCCCAACAGAUUGUUACCCAAGCAUAUGAGCCUGACUGAAGGUCUUCAUGGCAUAACUGGUGAAACCUCACUAGUACUCAAAUACAUGCCAAAGUGGUUAUCAGGCCAUUCCCUAAGGCUUCUCCUUCCUAUUAAAAGUAAUUCAAACUUCAA